GUUAAUGCUCUUGACACCUUUCCGUUGAUAAAAACAAAAAAGUUUAACUCGCAUUGCGAAGCUGACGUGUUUUCAAUUAUUUGAGUUUUAGUUUUGUAUUGAAUAGAUACAAAGAUGCGAAUAAACGUCAAAUUUCCAUCCAUACUCACCAUUAUUACUAUACACUUAAGUUGCCUGGCGGCAAACGACACCGCCUUUCACAUAAGUUUGAAUAACUUCAGUCGCAGAAUAUUUUCCCAGGUUGCCAAAUCAAAUGCAUAUGAGAAUAUAAUCAUGUCCCCGUUUUCGGUUGAGACUUGUUUGGCCAUGGCCCGCAUAGGUGCUGUAGGAGAAACUGCCAGUCAAAUGGAUCGCAUAUUGAAUGUAAGCAUUCAAAAUCCCCUCUCAAUAGCGGAUAAAUUUCAUACAGUAUUGACGAAGUACAAGAACAGCAAAGUCCUAAGUAUAGCUAACAGGGUCUAUGUCAUGGAAGGCAACGAACUUAGCGAUGAAUAUAAGCAUAUUUUGUCCCAAAAGUUUCUCUCCACAGCGGAGGAUAUAGACUUUAGUGAUGCUGAAAAUGCAUCGGAUACCAUCAACACUUGGGUAGCUACUCAAACAAAUGAUAGCAUAACAGAUUUGGUAUCGCCCUACGAUUUGGAUGAAGAUAUACGCUUGUUCUUGCUAAGCGCCAUAUCCUUUAAUGGCCAAUGGGCUAAUGGUUUCCCCAAGGAAUAUACCGAAGAAGACGAUUUCUACAUUGAUGAUUCCAAUCCGGUUAAGGUACAAAUGAUGCAAGUUAAGUCAAAAUUCCAAGUAGGCGAUUUGAGUGAGUUGAAAGCUUCCGCCAUAUUGUUGCCCUACAAAGAUUGUGACCUUUCCAUGCUGAUUGUAUUGCCCGAUGCCACAGAUGGGCUGGAGAAAUUGUUGCACCGCCUAAAGGCUAUUGAUUUGUCAUCGCUGGUGAAGAGGAAAAUAAAUAGGAAAAUAAAGGCAGAAGUUCGAAUGCCAAAAUUUAAGGCCGAGUUUAAAAUCGAACUUAGUGACACUCUCAAAGAGAUGGGCAUGGAGAAAAUUUUCUCAAAUGCUGAUUUCGGGAGAAUGUUGAAAGCUCCAGAACCUUUGUCCAUAUCGCAAAUAGUUCAUCAAGCAACCAUUGAAGUCAGUGAAGAAGGCACCAAGGCUGCCGCAAUUACAGCUGCCAAUCCCUAUUUGCGAUCCGCAUUCUCUGUCUAUAGCUUUUAUGUUGACCAUCCAUUUUACUAUGCAGUCAUCAACAAUGAUAAUGUCCCAAUGUUUGAAGGCACUUACUUUGGACUUAAAAUGUCCUUAUCCCUAUGUUCCUUGGCCAUAAUUGUCCUCUUGGCCUCAGCCAAGGCGGAUUUCAGUGAUUCGGAAUUCUCCAAGAGCUUGGGAGGAUUUAGUCAAAAUAUCUUUGCCGAAGUAUUGAAAACAAACAUUCAGAAAAAUGUCAUUCUAUCGCCAUUUUCCAUACAAACCUGUCUUGCUAUGGCUCGCAUGGGCACUGAAGGUGAAACGGCCCAUGAAAUGGAUAUUGCAUUGGGUUUUAGCGGCCAUAAAUCCGCAAGUGUUGCUGAAAAAUUUAAAUCUCUUUUGGACAAAUAUGAGAACAGCAAUGUACUGAAGACUGCCAACAAGGUGUAUGUCAUGGAAGGGCAUCAACUGGCAGAAAAUUACAAGGCAAUGUUAUCGUCACAUUUCAACUCAUUACCUGAAGAAAUCAAUUUCGCAGAGGCUGAAAAUGCUGCCCGCAGUAUUAACAGCUGGGUUGAGGAUAAAACCCAAAGUGCCAUUCAGAACCUCAUCUCACCCAAUAGUUUGGUUAGCGAUACUCGUUUGUUGUUGUUAAGUGCCAUCUCCUUCAAGGGCGAAUGGGAAAUUCCCUUUCCCGCAGCAGACACCAAAGAGGCAGAUUUCCAUGUCAAUGAGUCGACGAUGAUAAAAGUACCAAUGAUGGAGUAUCAAGGCAAUUUCCAGUAUGCAAGAUUGAGAGAUUUAAAAAUAUUUGCAGCACGUUUGCCCUACAAAAACUCUGAUCUCUCCAUGCUGGUUAUGGUGCCAUUUAAGGGCACUACCUUUGCUGAGAUGAACAACAAUUUAGGUCAAAUUCAAUUGGCGUCAUUGAAGGAAUCCUUCAACAAAAUCAAUGGAUUUGUCUACUUGCCCAAAUUCAAGGCAGAGUUUCAAAUUGAAUUGACCGAUACUCUUAAGCAGAUGGGAAUGGAAAAAAUGUUCAGCGGUGGAGAUUUUGGUAAAAUGUUUAAAUCUCCAGAGCCUACAAGUGUUUCACAAAUAGUUCAUAAAGCAUUUAUUGAAGUUACCGAAUAUGGCACUAAAGCUGCUGCUGCUUCAGGUUUGGUGGCAACACGUCGCGUCACUCCUACCGUCUUCAAAGCCGAUCAGCCAUUCUUUUAUGCCAUUGUUGAUGAUGACUUUGUGCCUAUAUUCCAAGGAACUGUUGUUGGAUUCUAA